UCAGUGUCACGUAAGGUUGUACGUUAUUGUAAUAUUAUUAACUAUCAGAACAAAAUGGAAGUAGAUCACGAACGACUAGUUCAGGUUUUGUGUGUAGCAGAAGCACUUGGUGUGAUACAAAAUCCUGUGCAAAGGCCACGUAGACAACACUGGGUUCACCCGAUGAAUGAUGAUAAGGAAACAAGUGGACGAUUUUUAAAGUUUUAUAACGAUAUAAGAUUAUAUCCAGAAAAGUUUUUCUUAUAUAAUCGGAUGUCAAUCAAAUCAUUCGACGAAUUACUUAAAAAAGUACGUGACCACAUAUCAAAGAGAUAUACACCUUGGCGGAAUCCUUUGACCGCAGAGGAAAGAUUAACCAUUACACUCAGAUAUCUAUCAACUGGAAUGACGUUUACUGCGUUACAUUUUGAAUUUCAAAUAGGCAAAAGUACUGUUGGUGAAAUAGUACGAGAAACUUGUAUUGCGAUAUGGAACGUGUUGCAAAAGGAAGAAAUGCCUGAGCCCACUACUGAACAUUGGUUGGAAAUAUCAAAUACAUUUUAUUCAAAAACCAAUUUUCCCAACUGUCUUGGUGCUGUAGAUGGGAAACACAUUCGUAUAAAAAAUCCAAAAAACACAGGCUCACUCUUUUUUAAUUACAAAAAAUAUUUUUAUAUAAUUUUAAUGGCAGUAGUUGAUGCCAAUUUGAGUUUUAUUUACAUUGAUGUAGGAUCUUACGGUAAAGAAUCUGAUUCUAAUAUUUUUAAGGAAAGUUCUUUUGGAAAAAAGUUGUAUACGAAUGCACUUAAUAUUCCUGAUCCUACAUGUUUACCUAGUUCGCAAGGUUCCGCACAGCCUUUUGUUUUUGUUGGUGAUGACUGAUGAGGCAUUUGCCCUUCACACAAAUCUAUUAAGGCCGUAUCCACAACGAGGACUUAACGACGAACGUAGAAUUUUUAAUUACCGUUUGUCCAGAGCUAGACGCACUGUAGAAUGUGCUUUUGGAGUACUUACCAACAAAUGGCGCGUAUUACAUACUACUAUUUUAGUAAGUCCCGAAUUCGUCGACGAUAUAGUAAAAUCCUGUUGUGUUUUACAUAACUUUGUCCGAAAAAGAGAUGGAUAUAAUUUUGAAGAUAUGGAAAGUGAAUGCAACUUAGACGACAUCGAGGUAAGAGGAACGGGUUCUCGGUCCAAUGGAAUUGAAAUACGAGAAGCGUAUGCCGAAUAUUUUGUACAUGAAGGUGCCGUGCCAUUUCAAAAUCGAGUUCUUUAAUCUGGUACUAUAUAGUUGGUAUUUUUACAUACAAUUAAUUUUAAUUUCGGUUGUUCGUUAUUAGUUUUAUUUUUAUGUAUAACUUACAAUUUGGAUUACCUAU